AAGAUUCUCCUUCAGGUGACAUUCAAGAAUAUUCAUUGAAAUGGAUCACAUCCCUCGGCUAUCAGAGGCUGUGUAUGUGGGACUGUGUCGUAAAAUAGGGAGUCCUACAGAGGUGAGGAUGAGGAGAGAAGUGACGGACACUGAAGAGGUGGUGAGACAGUCUGUGAAAAUCAUGAAGGGUUUUGACAGAAUGAUGAGUGGGAGUAGACGUGAGGGAUUCAGACUGGUUGCUUCUGAUCAUGAUUGCAUGUUCUGGCUUCCAGGUCACAAGGUGAUAUGUUAUCUCUCUCAAGUCAGUCUCUAUCGUAUCCCAAGACAUACAGUGAUUCUGAUGGAGAGUGAUGAUUUACCACCGGGAUUUACUAGACUUAAUCUUAUGAGUCCAUCAAAUGAUGUAAAAGUCAGAUCCUCCUGUGUAGCGAUCAAUAACAGUGUGUAUAUAUCUAGUACAUUAUUCCGUGAUAACCACUUACUGUUCCUACGGACCUGGAAUUUCGCCUCUUUAUCUAACCCUCAUGCACCCUGUGUCCAUUGUGUAUUUUGUUUCCGAUCCCAUCACUGGCCUGCAAAAGCUUUACCAUGGAUACAAAGAUGUCGACAACAAGGUUGGCCGUCCGAAGUAGUUAUAUCAGAUAUAUUAAGCGCAGGAUUCCAUGUUGUUCCUAUCGGCAGCACACCUGAAAGCAGUCAAGAAUGGAGAAUUUCAUUCUCAUGCGCAGAACAAAAACUUGUUUAUGCAAUGAAUCGCUGUCAGUUUUUGUGUUAUGGUCUCUUCAAGACUUUUCUUAAGGAAGUAAUCAAUUUUCAUGAUAAUCUGCCCGUUCUAUGUUCAUACUUCACAAAAACCGCUGUAUUGUGGGUAAUUCAGACUAAUAAUUUCUUAACGUGGACACCUGAAAACCUAUUGCCUUGUUUUUGGGAAUGCUUUAAACUACAUGUAUUGAUACACUGGGUAUUUACUGGAGAAUGCCCAACUUUUUUAUUCCACAGUAUAAUAUGUUCCGAUAUAAAUUAACUGGGUCUAUACAAACAUUAAUGUUCAAUAAGUUGUAUGAAUUGUAUUGCAAGGGUAUACCUAGUCUACUACUGAGUGAAACUUUAAGGCCUUUUCUCAAUCAUGUCAUAUUACACAGGGCAUUGAGAGUCUGUAUCACCGAGAGCAGUAUCAUUACUAAUACUGAACUAGAGAUGAGUUUAUUUAAAGAAUUCAAUAAAUUUCAUCAAAGUAUCUCUUGUAUUGCAGAAUCUGUAGCUUUCAUGAAGGGAAUUGAAAUGGAGAUUAGUAAGCGAUUGUCUCCAUACCAGAAAGUAACACUGCAGUAUAUGACAUCAAACGUAUUAUAAAAAACUGUCAUGUUGAUACAGUGUGGUUUAUAUCCAAAUACAAUUCGUAAUAACGUUUUUACCGAGCUAGUAAAGUAAUACUA